AACAAUUUGAGGGGCCAGCCUUGCAAUUCAAAGGGCUGAUUAUUACCCCAUUAAGUCUCGGUUUCUUGUCAGAUCGGUAGUCACGGCACCGUAUUACAACGUAUUCAUUUAACUGCUGGUCUCGAUGGUCUAGAACUAUGAGAAACCAACUAUAAAGCAUCGCCAAUAUCCUCAGAGUCAAUUAUGGCAGACUACUACAAACUACAAAGAACAAUCUUUUAUCAUAAACUCUCAAUUUUGACACCAUGAUCUCACCCAUCCCACUUUUGGCUGCCCUUGCACCAGUCGCUCUGGCUGGCGCUGUUCAGUUUAACGGCAUUCCUUCUGUUGGCGUCUUGUACAGCGGCGGUGAUGCGAGCAAGCACUUCUGCACUGCUAGUGUAAUUGAAAGCAAGUUUGGCAAUGUCAUUCUUACAGCUGGACACUGCAUCUCUGGUACCGGUGGUGGCCUUUCCUUUGCUCCUGGCUACCAUGAUGGCAAGCUACCAUACGGCUCGUACCCUGUUACUGGCGCCUACGUUCAUCCCAACUGGAACAAAAACCACGACAUCAAUUUCGAUUUUGCCUUUUUAACUUUGGGCAAGGGAAAGCACAACGGAAACUUGGUCAAUGUCCAAUCAGUCACUGGAGGAAACAAGCUCGUUACAAACGCUGGUUACAAGAACCAGGUGGAAGUUGUCGGAUACAAUGACGGUCAACAGAAGGCAACACACUGCAACAUUGGAACAUUUGAGGCCAAGGCUGGUCAGCUGGGUUUCAACUGCGGUCCUUUCAGCGGUGGUACAAGCGGUUCUCCAUGGAUGUCUGGCUACAAUUCCAAGACACAACACGGCAACGUCAUUGGCAACAUCGGUGGUUGGCACACUGGUGGCUGCAACCCCAACACCUCCUACUCUUCCAAGUAUGGUGCUGGAACCGCCGAAGUCUUCAAUCGCGCCAAUGCGGGCUCCAAAGGCGACAAUGUCCGUGGUGGCGCCGGUUCAGGAUGCUAGAAUGUAG